AUGGCUAUUAUACUGCCCACCAUAUACUACUCGCGAAAGCCGUCGCCGCCAAACGCGUCGCCGAGCCCACCACUACGCAAGCCGCUCAGCUUCCUCGUGGUCCUGCAUACCCUCUACGUGCUCUAUACCCUCCUGCUCAAAUACCCGCCAAACCUAUUCAAAGUACUAGACAUACCCCUCACGACGCCGUCAGAUAAUAUCCGUAUUCUGCUAAAACGAUAUGCUGGGGGAGGGGAGCUACCACCUGCGUUGGAUGCCCUGUUGACCCGCCUCUCCAGCUUUGACGCCAGGACGUUAUAUGUCAGGUUGGGGCAAUCUGUGAUAGAGAGCUGUGACUAUUGUCAUACGCCGUCCGAAUACGCGUUACAUGCUCUGCCGAACCCUCUCCUGGAGUAUCUGCGAGAGGCGGCGGUCGUAGGACUCGUCACGAUCCAGGGGAGCUUCCGAGAGCGCUGGAGGAAAUGGGGCGUCGGAGUCCUCGUGGCCACAGCUGUUCUGGAGGCGUACUGGAUAUUGACAGUCGAGAUCAGAAUACCCAGGAGCGGGAAGGGCGUCACGAUGUGGCAUGACUUAUUCUGGACGAUCCGGUACCUCAUAUUCCUCGUGCUCGUCCCGGUGCUCCAUAUCCUCCCCUCGCGUCCGCCCGUGCCCUCGCCUCUAGCGUCCCUGCACACCGUCGCAGCCUCGAUAGAGCAGUCCAUAUACGGCCUGCGCCUCUUCUCGGCAACGCACGCCGCCAUCAUGCGCGUACCGGAGACGCGUGCUGCGCAGGUCGAGCACUUCGCUCGGGAGCGCCAGGAGGGGCGGUGGGCGAGGGAAGACCCCGACGUGCAGAGACGCGCGGAGGUGCUCGGGCUGGGGUAUGCUGAGGAGGAGGGCAGGUUGAGGGCCAGUGCGAGGGCGGCCGUGCAGGCGCUGCAAAAUGGGUUUUCUGGAAACCGGACUUGA